AUGCCUUUCCGGGGUUUGGGGGCGCUGCUCCUCCUUUUGGGGGGGACCCUGGUCGGUCCCUCGGACGCCGCGGGGUCUUUUUGGGAAGUCACUUUGCCCACCUGCGACGAGCAGAGCCUCGCUUUCCUCCUGCUGCCCCAGCCGAAGGUCUCCUCAUCUCUUAUAAGGCUGCUGGGUGAGUAAAGGGGCGGGAAUUCAGCUUUUUUUCAAAGAAAGAAGAAUUUUAAACCCACUUUUGCAAGAAUCCCACAAACUGGGGGCGGGGGGCGGCUGGUUGGUCUGAGCUUCUUGCAAGGUCUGGACAACAAUGGUGUAAAAAUGUAUUUAUUAUUAUAUAUUAAUUAUAGAGCAGUGGCUCCAGAACCUUCUUGGAGACCCUCUGCCCCCUUAGUCCCCUAAACCUGCCCCCAGGGCCUUCCACCCUUUGAAAAAGUAUUAUUCCAAUAGUACUAUGCGCCACAAUAGUACUAUGUGCCUGGCGUGCUUUGGUCCAUGGGGUCACGAAGAGUCGGACAUGACUAAAUGACUAAACAACAACAAAUGCACCACAAAGUGCAAAACGGUGACCAUUAACUCAUAAAUCCAACUGAAACUGCUUAGUCUAAUUCACCCAAAAUUAGGGGCCCUUAGCUGUGAUUUCUGCGCUGCAGGAGGUUGGGAUGGAUGCCCAUUGGGGUCAUGGCUCUCCAACAAUGUAAUUUGGUACUGUGCCCUUUGCUUUUCCAUCCUGCAAGGCUUUUUAAAGCCUCCUUAGGGACUAGCUCCAGAAAUGAGUAUUUGGGUGAGCAGUUUCACUGCAAUUGGGGACAGAUGGAGGCAAGAUUUGGCUUACUCAGAGGAGCCUCACUGGAACCAAUGGUCCUAAAUUGGUUGUGCCCGUUUUCCAAAGGGUCUACUACUACAAAUAUUUGAGGAGGUCCUCUGUUCAUCUGCAUGCAGGAAUGAGUGUCUGUUAAUUCCAGUGGGGUUACUCUUGAGUAGGGCUUGCUUUGCAGAGCAGCUGGGGGGGGGGGGAAUAACUUGAAUGUAAUAAAUAACAGCAAUGCAGAUAAAACACCAGGAGGGAAACACUCAGAAGUAAAUCCUGCUAAGCUUAGUGGUGCUUACUCCCAAGUAAGCUGGGUUUGCAGCCUGACCAUGAGAACCAGGCCCAGGAACCUAUUUAAUAGAAAAACAACAACUGCCCAUUUGAACCUCCACUGAAGCAUUUUAUUCUCUAAAGUAAAUUAUUUCUCAUAUAUAAUUAAUAUGAUAUCUCUUAAUGAGCGGACCACUCUCUUCCUUGCCAAGUGGGAGGGUCUGUAUUUCUCCAGGGACGCCCCACCCCAAGAAAUACAGACCCCCACCCCACACUGGGCAACAAAGCAAAGGAAGCACCCCCCAUUGGCUGCUAGCAAAAUCCACUCAUUUGUUAUUCCCUAUAUUGGGGUAUCUUAAAAUAAGCUAGCAAGCUUCUGGGUUCUGCAGAGUUCAUCAGGCUUGAUUGUAAAGCAAACCUCUAGAUUGUGGGCUGGGGUAAUAAUUUGUGGAACAACAACCUGUUUGGCAAAAGCUUCUUCUCUCCUCCCCCAAAUAAGAUCCCAAAGGUAACCCCCAUCUUCUGAAGAACGACUCUACCUGUGGGACUUCUGCCUUCCCCAAUCCGGAUGGCUCUGUAGCGGUGAGGGUGGCCUUUGAUGGCUGUUACACCAGAGCGCAGGUAAGGUCUCGGCUUGCACACCUGCCCCCGCCCCACCCUCCAACUAGUAACAUAUACAUAACUCUCCCCCCCCCCCAACAACCCUGCGAAGUAGGACAGACUGAGAAAGGGGGGGCGUGUUGUGAUUGCCCAGUGAGCUUCGUGGCUGGGCAGGAGGAGUGCUUGAUUAAGUAACCCUACGCCACUUAAAGCACAUUCAUUCCCCCCCCCCACCUAAAAUACUGGGAACUGUAGUUUGAGGGCACUGGGAACCGUAACUCUCUAGGGGUAAACUAAAGUUCCCAGGGCUCUUUUGGGCUGGAAAACAAAACAGCCUGGUUCUUUCGCUUGAUGGUUGGUAAAGCGUGAGACUCUUAAUCUCAGGGUUGUGGGUCCAAGGCCCACGUUGGGCAAGAGGUUCCUGGAUGACCCUCUGGGGACCCCUUCUAGCUCUGAUUCUAUAAAGCUAGAAAAAUGAAAUAAUGACGCCAACAUCCUCUCCCCACUAGGAUUCCCGCUACCGGACGACCGUCCACAUUGAAGGCCUGGCGGCGGAUGGACGGAUGACCUCCUACAAAGAGGAGCUGAGCUGCCCCGAACCUCUCCUAGGUACCCCGUCGAAGGGCUUUCCUGGGGGGUUUCUGGGGGCAGAGGCUUCCUGACCCUGCUGGGGUCACUCCCCUGCCCAGAAGAGCGUGCCACGGGUGUAAAGUAUCACAGUGACCCCCAAAGAAUCCUGGGAACUGUAGUUCAAGGGUGCUGAACAUUGCCAGGACCUCUU